CUGUACAUUGUACAUAUCAUAUGGAAAAUUGGAACCACUUACCACAUGAACUUCUAGACGCUAUAUCCUUUUAUACACCGUCGACUUUUUCCAAUGCAAAGUCGAUGGCAGUGAAUAAGCAAUGGUACAACUUUUAUUUAAGCAAGCGAUUUAAAACAGUGUCUAUUGCUUUGCGAUCAACCAAUGCAACGCUCAAGCAAAUUUUAACAUCGCCCUUUCAACCUGGCCAAUGGACGAAAGCCAUUACAUUUGUUGAAAUCAAUACAGUACCUGAUCUAGACUCUAUUGAUUAUGAUCAAGAUCUCUUCGAUCGCUUAAUGAAAGAAACACCAAACGUCAAAGUGGUGAGAUUUGCAGAGAAAGUACGAGCAUGGGCCUACUUUUUGCACAUUCUUAAGAACAACCACUGGCAGUUGAGAAAAAUCCCAGUAACUUGGGAUAAGCGCUUGGCGCCAUUCUAUUAUGAGUGUGCACACCAUGUACGAAACACACUCGAAUCGCUGCAAAUAAACGAAUACAUGUUUCUUUCUGAUUUGAACUUUUCCUUUCUAAAAGAGUUUAUCGCAUUGAAUAGAUUGUACAUUGAUGAUGGCUUGAUAGGGAGCCCACUGGGUCUGAAUAGUAUACUCCAGCAUACGUCAGGUACACUCUCUAUGCUUAAUGUGGAAUUUCCAGGUGUGUCCGCCAUGGGGUCUUAUCCAGAAGAAGCUUUGCCGGUGUAUCCCAACAUCAAGCAUAUCCAGUUUCUUGAUUUUACACCUGAAUCAAACGAUCAAUUAUCUGUCUUUACAAACAGCUUUACACGACUGGAGAAAUUGGUCAUUGUGGGAGAUAUAGAUGCUCCAUGGCCGGGAAUCCGCGUAGAUGAUGAUACCAAGGAAAUAUUCUACAAGACCCUUCAUGCAUUAAAGGCAUAUAAAAUUACUGUCCCAGGGUGUCGUAUUGACCUAAGUCACUUUAAAAAGCAUCUUACACAACCUGUACGGCUUUUCAUUCGAAAUUCGGGUCCUGGACAUUAUGUCAUUGGUGAUGAUAAAUCGACUACCCUUGUAAAAUCGCAAGACUGUUCGUAUAUUUCAAUGCGAUAUGAAUGCAUAGUCGACAAUCGUAACAGAAAUAGUGGAUUUGUGCCAAAUAUUUUACAAAGCCUAGAUGGUAAUAUAGUGCAGGUGAAUCUUCGGGAGAUAGCCAGCAAUUUGGUCACUACUUUCCUUGAUGCACUAUUGGAAAGGGAGUAUGUAAAUUUGCACACCAUUGUCGUGAGUGACACAAAACUUUGUGAAUAUGAAUGGGAUCCAGAAAGACCAAAAGUGGAUCACGUGAAAACGUUGAAAUUCUACAACUGUAGUGUGAGUGAAAGGUCAUUAUUCUCACUAUCCCGUAAUUAUUUCGAAAAGUUGGAUUAUCUUCAAUACAACACGUGUACACCUCGUAAGGAGAAAUUGCAUUGGAUCAACUUUCGUGAAACCGAAAUCCAUACAUUGUGCCUAUCUGAAGUGGAGGAUCUCGAAUAUCCAAGACGAAAAAGAAGCAAAGCGCACCCUUGUACCUUUGUCUGUGUUAAUAUCUUUAGGAAUGGUAUAAAUCUUCGAAUGUUUUUAGUGGAUCAAAAUUCUGUUAUUGUAGAAACUAAAGAAUCUGUGUCACAUGAAAUUCUUGACUCAGAAACAACGAUUCAAGUUUCUAUCGAUGUCCAGUCUAUUCAAACCAUUAUAUUAAAGUCUCCUACUCGUAAAAAGGAUGUUUAUAUUGAUUUGCAAAAGAGUUAUUACGCACAGUAAAUAAAAAAGAAUGUAC